UUGCUGUGAGCGUCCCAUCAAAAACCAAGAACUCACAAAAAAACAAAAAACAACCAAGAAUGAUGAGAAGAACAAGAUCACUAACAACAACAGCAACAACAUCGACAGCAGUAGUAGGAGCAGUCAAGGAUGAGGCAUGCUUCGUAGAACCCACCAGCUACCCCAACAUCAAAUUACCAGGACCAGCAGAUCAGGAAAAAGAAGAAGAAACCACCACACCGGCAGACCAAGAUCAUAAUCAAUCCUCCAAACGAAUCGACUUCCUCAGCCAACUACCCACCGAACUGGCACUCUACAUCCUCCUCAAGCUGGCCAUCGAGCACCAGACCAUCCACCUCCUCAACUGUCGAGCAGUCUCAACCAACUGGAAAGGCCUGGCUGAGGACAACCUGAUCUGGAAACAGAGCUACCUCACCCAGCCACACUGGAAAAUCAACCACAACAUCAACACCACUACUACCCCUAAAACUACGCACAUCCAACGAAGACUCAGUCAACUGAUCGGAUCACCCAACUCACUCAUCACCCCAUCAGCAUCAUCUUCAUCAAAAUCAAUACCAUCACUCCCCGAACUUAAUUGGCUCAAACUCUUUCGCGAUAGAUCCAUCUUGGACUCCAGGUGGAGCGAUGGCACCCAAGUCUCCAAGAAACUCAAAGGACAUAAGGACUCGGUCUACUGUCUACAGAUGCACGACCAACAGAUCAUCACUGGCUCAAGGGACAGGACGAUCAAGGUCUGGGAUACGCGCACAAGAGAGUGUCAGCGGACCCUAGUAGGCCACAAGGGGAGUGUGCUAUGUGUGCGCUUCGACGAGCAGGUCCUCCUAUCAGGCUCGUCGGACAGCAGCGUGUUUGUGUGGGACAAGGCCCGCUGGACCGUCGUCAUCGAGCUCGUCGGCCAUCGCUCCGGGGUCCUCGACCUCGGCCUCACUCCGACCGCCUUCGUCAGCUGCUCCAAGGACACCACCAUCAAGGUCUGGGCGAGGCCCGAUGGCGCACUCCUCCGGACGAUCUCCGGCCAUGCUGGCCCCGUCAACGCACUCGAACUCUCCCUCUUGCCCCUCCACACCCUGCUCGGAAAUCAGCCCUCUCCCUCUAGUUCUUCUAAUAACAGUAAGGCCUUACUCUCAGCCUCCGGCGACUCCUCCAUGAAACUCUGGGACCUCGACUCGGGCAAACUGAUCCGGACCUUUGAGGGCCAUCUCCGAGGCCUGGCCUGUCUCAAACUGGUCGAAGAGACCCGCCAGAUCAUCACGGGCUCGAACGACGAAACGAUCAAGAUCUGGAACUUGAUCACCUCCCAAUGUCUGCGCACCCUCCUCGGCCAUUCCGGCCUCGUCCGUUCUCUCGACUUCUCCCUCCCCCACAAUCGGCUCGUCUCCGGAUCGUAUGAUAAAACGAUCAAGGUCUGGGACCUGACCACUGGCCAGCUCCUCCUCGACUUCCGUAAAGGAGCCGACCGGAACCUAGUGUUUGAUGUGAAGUUCAAUCUGACCACUAUUGUCUCCGUUGGCCCUCCCAACAGCGUCAUGCUUUUGGACUUCGCUGAUGGUCUCGAGGCCGAUAUGUUCCAAUAAGAACUUCCCAUUUCAAUCAAGUCGGCUUACGUAAAGGACAUUAUCCCAAAAUCACUGGAUUUCUGUACAUACAUAUCCCCCCUUUUAAUACUUGCUUUGUAUACUUUAUUAAUCACCCCUUUCCCAGGUUGUUCUUUGUUUCAUUUCUUUGAUCUAGAACCUUUUCCAUCAGACUACUUCAUAAUCUUUUUUUUUCUUUGCUCGUUUUUUUUUUUUUUUGCUCAUACAUUGCUCAUGUUAUUCUUUUCUCUUCCUGCUGCUUUUUUUUUCUCUCUCUCUCUCUCUUACUGCUUUGUUU